UAGGAGGUCGCCGUACAGUCAAUCAAUUUAAUUGAUUAAUUUAUAUCCAGGUGUCAACAAUCCACAUUGAAAUAGUCAGAACCAACACAUGAAAGAGCAGAACUCACCACGAUACAUUUAUCAUAAAAAAUUCGAGUAAUUUUUUAUUUUUAUUUGUGCUUUUGCAUUUGUUAAGUUGAUUUAUUAGAUUUCAUCUCCUAUUAAUUGAUAUAUAAAAAGGAAAAUCAUGAGUGAAUCAAGUAAGGAUACCAAUAAAGAUCAUCAGCCACCACCGCCGGAGUACGGUACUUUCUAUCCUCCACCGCCGGUGGUCACUGGAUUUCCUCAGCCUGUACCACCUCCCGGUUUUUCCGGCCAACCUCCGGUCGACUCUUAUGUUCAUGGCUAUCAGUCUGUUCCAGGCUAUGCUGUUGCUGAAGGAAGACCUUUGAGAGAACAUCGUCUUCCUUGCUGUGGAAUUGGUAUUGGAUGGUUCUUGUUCAUCAUCGGUUUCUUCUUUGCUGCAAUCCCAUGGUAUAUCGGAGCAUUCAUUCUACUAUGUGCUCAAUAUGACGAACGUGAGAAACCUGGAUAUGUUGCAUGCGUAAUUGCUGCUAUUCUUGGAACACUUGCUGUGGUAUUUGGUGUUACAAAUGCUUGAUUGACAGUUCACCAAGUAUUUGAAGUCAGUUGUACAGAACUGAGAAGUCGACUGAUGCAUAUAUAUGAAAUCAAUCAAGUGGAAGGUAUCUUUUGUUCUAUUUAUUUGAAUGGUUGUAUAAUGGUGUAAAUCUGUAAGGUCUAUCCUGUGUCAAGACAUAUUCUAGUUAAUUUUAUUUGUCUAUAUAUAAACACCGGUCUUAUACACAUAUAAAUGUAUUCAAAGUAGUUCCCAUCGUGAUUUGUAAGUUUGUCAAGAGACACCUUUUUGAAAGCAUUGUUGGGUUUGAGUGAUUAGCAUUAUGAGUGCAAAAUGGUGAACACAUCAUUUAAUAGAAUGUGAAGUAUUUGUAUUUGCAUAUGCAUAGAUUAUAUAUUAUCGUUGGUUAUUGUGGGUUCA